AUGGCGGCGUCUCUCGAGAAAGGCCGGUCUCCCUCUGCUGUUCGACUCGGCGAAACAGAGGGGACAGCAGUCGACAGUAGACUGCCGAAACGCGAGCGAGACGGCUGUUCGGAAUCCAAUUCUGCGGCACUUUGUUCUACUGGCGUUUCGUGUCCUCGCGUCGAGGACACGCCUGCCUCAAUGAAUGGAGAGGGCGCCGGAGAGCGUGCAAAAUCUCCGGUUUGUCUCGGCAAACGCAGUGCGUCCGGAGAACCUCUCGCAAGCGUGUAUGCCUCCGACAUGCCCAGCGGCGGUGGCGAAGGAUCGAUGGAGACUGUCGAGACCAACUCAACGAAAACUGCCCUUGCGUCGGGUUCUAGUCUCCGUGCGGCUCCGCCUGCUCACGUUUCCUUCGCUGUAUGUACAGCCGCAGACGGCCAGCGUGGCGAAACAUCUCCUCCCCUCGACGGACGGCGCGCGAAUGAGCAAGCGGCGGCGCCGGCGUCGUCGGUGAGCAUGUGUCACGAACUCGGUUACGAGAGUCGACAGAUCUGUACAAAGGGCUUGGAUUUCACGCUGCACGGGCGGGACUGGCGACAGGUUUUUGCGUGCAGCCGCUUCGACUUCUUCGAUCCGUUUUCGCUGCUCCUUCUCCGUCUCUUCUUCGCCCUCUCCCUCUUGUCGAUUUUUAUCUGGAUUUCCAUGAUGUCGGAUACACCGUAUGUCUUCUUCACAAUGUGGGCGAACUUUUUGGCUACGGUCCACGCCGUCGUGGCGACAGUGUGCAGCAUUGCGGCUCUCCCGUCCAUUCUACGCAGUGCGCGAGAGCGGCGAACGCAGGAGAGCUUUAUGCAUCACGACUCUGUCAGCUGCACCGUGGGCGACGCGCGGGACGCGAAGGACGCCGGCGUUGCGCAGCGAAGCGGGGGAACUGCCGCGGAGGCAGCCCGACACCGUCCCUGGUGGAAACAGGUCUUUUCACUUCGGGCUCGCACGCGGCAAGCGUACGCGUGUCUGUUGAACGAUCCAGAAUUGUGUCACGACGGCGUUCUGUUUGACAGCAAAGCUGCGUCGGCCUCGGCGCCUCUCCGGGGCACGUCGUCCCAGACCACAGCGACGGAGGCGGAGUCGGCGGUGGAAAGCUUUCAUGUUUCGAAUUUUCUUGUCCAUGCUUCGAGGGAUUCGCCUGCAUCUGCCGGCAAAAAAGACGCUGGGCGACUCUCUUCUGGGAGCCGCUCCACCCGCGAGGAGUCUCCCACGCUGGGUUCGCCUUGUCCAGUGCGCCAGCCCCACGGGGAGGGAAAACCAGGCGCACUCGGGGAAGAAGGGAAGUGCGCUGGGGAAGGCAGGACACUGGGAGCGGGGUAUGGAGACGGGAAUAGUCACGUGGAAAGGGUGAGGCAGGAGGUGCGGGUGCCGACUCCGCAGCCCGAGGGCAGCCGAACUGCAGCGCCCGCUGAGAGGAGGUCGGAAGACGCGGCCUCGCCGUCUUGUUCACAGCGGUUUCUUACCUUUCUCCUUUUCACGAUUUGGAUGGUGGCAACCGUUGCGGCCCUGACGUGCGUGUUUGUGUUCUGGUGCGUCCUUGUGCCGUUUGGUGAGUUUUUCCGGAGUCCCUCGAGUGUUCUCGAGCACUCCGUGUGUCUCGUUUCCGCGUUUCUGAUCACGUACACUGGAAGAGUCCCCUUUCUGGUGUACCAUUUCUGGGUGUUUCUUCUCGUUAGUUUCGCCUACUGCGUGAUGAGCGCCAUCGUCUACGCGGUUCCCCUAACAGUCGGCGACAAGGUCGGCUACGUCUACAGUAUCUUCAACUUUCCUGCGAAACCCGUUCAAGCCUGGUUGUCCCUUGCAGUCCUCAGCAUAGUGGGCGCGGCCUUCGCGUGCUUGGUUGUGUGGAGUCUUUGUUGGAAAACAAAUCUCCUUUUCGACCCUGCGCGAAGGCAGUGGUCCGCCUCCCGCCCAGGAACAGCGUCUCCCGCCCCACAGGCUGUCAUGCUGAGCGACAAAACAGACCGAGUGCUACCGGGUGCACGCGUGUGUGAAGAAGAGAUACACUGGACGAGCUAG